GGAUACUGGAGCGAAUUCAAACCCGCACUCGGCUGACGACCGACGGGAACUUCUAAUGGAAAUAUAACAACAUUAUUAACUCUCCAAAGCCUUGCACUUACAGUUGCUGGCAGACAGAUAAUUCAAUAUUAUUUCUGACUCUAACGGGAUUAAAGGUAUUGUCCUCUGACUGCAUUUCGCGCGGAGGCAAAAUGAAGGUGCAAUCCAGAGACGAGAGCUUGAAUACUUCUGGAGAAUGUGACGGAUCCAAUGACCUGCUGACUAGUAAGCCUCCCUCAGGCCAGAGCAAAAAGAACAUGAAACAGCGCUUCCUCAAACUUCUGCCCUGCUGUCAUGUGGACUCCACACCAACAGUCAGGCAAAACAGUAUAGAGGAGGAUUUUGAGCUUGCCACUGUGUGCUGCAGGCCGGAUAGUCUGGAAAAAAUGUUGGAACAGACCAAGUUCACCAAAACAGAGCUACAAAUCCUCUAUAGAAGUUUCAAAAAUGAAUGUCCCACUGGAUUAGUAAAUGAAGAGACUUUUAAGUUAAUCUACUCUCACUUUUUUCCUCAUGGAGAUUCUAGUGCAUAUGCUCAUUUACUGUUUGAGGCUUUUGACAAACACAAAAACGGAGCAGUUAAUUUUGAGGAUUUUGUGGCUGGCCUGUCAAUCAUCUUGCGUGGUACCGUCACUGAUAGACUGUGUUGGGCCUUUAGUUUGUAUGAUCUCAACAAAGAUGGAUGCAUCACUAAAGAGGAGAUGAAUGAUAUUAUGAAGUCUAUUUAUGAUUUGAUGGGGAAGUAUACAUAUCCGUGUAUGAAGGACAGCGCACCUAGAGAACAUGUCGAAAGUUUCUUCCAGAAAAUGGAUCGCAACAAUGACGGUGUCGUCACAAUGGAGGAGUUCCUGGAGUCGUGUCAAAAGGAUGAGGCCAUCAUGGAGUCCAUGCAGAUGUUGGAUCACGUAAUUUAGCUCUGCAUGCUGAUAUUUGGCAAAUAUUUCUCAACAGCAGCAAUGUUUGAUCUGUUGUGGCGUCUGCUUGAUGACUUCCUCCAUCUCACACCUACAAAAAAGACUGACAGUGAACACCUGAACAGGUGCAAUACGAGCAUGCCAUGUUAUGUUACCCUGAGGAUGAAAUGUUGUCUUUGAAGAUCAGCUGUUAUAUGCCACUGUCUUUGCAUUGUUUUUUUUUC